AUUCUGAUGGGAAACAGGAUUCAGACCUAUGGAGGUGUGACUCUGUCGCCAUCACCGCUUCCAGGUAUAUGGGCACACCUCAACUCUGAGGGAGGGACCCAACUGGAACAGGGGAGAAAGGAGGGGAGGGAAAGGAAGAAGCACGUCUCUGGCUACUGGUUUCUGUUUUCUGUUGCUGUGAAGGGAAAACAAUCCAUUUUCAGAUGGCGAGUGUAUGACCUCACCACCUUUGUUUUACACUGAGUUGGCAGAGAUAUGAGCACACAGGCAGGAUAAGAGCUGCAUGGCUGCACACUGAGGAAAUUCAACACCAAAGUGCUCAAAGUUACUUCUGGAAGGACGAAAGAGAACAAGGAAGGAGAGUUUAUCAAGCAAGGCUGAACUCUUGUGUGGAUUAAAGUCAUUAUGGCUUUUUCAUAUAAGAAGCACACAUCUAUCUUCGCCCUCUUCUUCCUCCUUUAUGCCCCUCUCACCUGCUUAUGCCAGUCCCAAAACAACACCACGAUAAGCCCCACAAACAGCGCCCCAACCUCUCCCUCAAACAUUUCUUCCCUGAACGGUGUGCGAGGCUGUGGAACUGAUCUGAAUCCAGUAUACCGGUACCUAUGUGACCGCCGGGCAGCAUGGGGGAUAGUUAUGGAGACCUUGGCCACUGCAGGCUUCCUGUUAAGUAUAGGUCUUCUUUUAGGCAUGCUACUCUGGGCUCUAUGCACCUGUGUCUCUUCUCGGCACCGCCUCAGCACCACCAUUGGGAGUAGAGUCUUCUCCAUGUCCCUGUUCCUGCUGGCCACAGCCGGCAUCUUCGCCAUCACCUUCUCCUUUAUCAUCCGCCUCAGCCCCCAGACCUGCCCCACUAGGAUCUUCCUCUUCGGGGUGAUGUUCGCCCUGGCCUUCUCCUGCCUGCUGGCUCGGUGCCUCGCAAUGCUGGGCUUUACAGCUGCCCAAGGCUGGGGGGAACCAGGUGUGGCACUGGGCCUCUUCGCCGUGCAGGUUAUCAUCUCUACAGAGUGGCUCAUCAUUGUCCUGGUCCGGGACAAGAAACCUUGCGAGUACAGCCAGGAGGAGUUUGCCAUGCUGCAGAUAUUUGUGCUGUGCCUCUUACUGAUCAGCCUAAUCCUGUCUCUGCAUAUCCUGUGCCGCUCCUUCAUGUACAGUUACAACUACACCGGCCCCACCAACCAGUUGUGGAGGGCUCAGGCCUUGAUGCUCUGCUUGACUCUGCUGCUCUCCGCCUGCAUCUGGGUGGUGUGGAUUGCCAUGCUCACCAGGGGAAAUCUGGAGGUGGGCCGCCGACCAGUCUGGGACGACCCAGUACUGUGCAUCGCCUUGGUUGCAAAUGGCUGGGUGUUACUUGUGGGGCAUGGUCUGUCCCAGGUUGCCUUCUUCUGCAGGGGGGAGGCCACAGCCCAGGAAGUUCCUAUAAGCUUUGCAUCCUGGACCAGCCCCGGUGCCGACAUUCCCGGACUGGGAAGCCAAAAGGAAGGAAAGGAAAACGGAAGCUUUGAGAAUGAUGGCGAGAACAGGAGAGGCAGGAGAGCGGAACCAACGUUGCAAUCCCCCUACGAGUCUGGCUUCUCCAUGACGGAGAUCGACCCCAACAAAGAUUACACCAUUCCUCGCCCCAAGACAACCAACUACAAUCAACCCUAUGAUGAAUAUUAUGGACAAGAAUAAAAUUACAGAAUAGCUCAGAAAUGCACACAAAGUAAAUCAGCUGCAAAGCCAAAGGUCAUGGACAUUUACACGUGCAAAUGUAAAUAUUUUUGGUGUUAUGCUUAGUAAGAUGUAAACUUCCUCUGCUUCUGUAGGUGAAAUAGGAAUCAGACGUUUGAUACACUGAGACCGAGUGGAAAACACUCAGAGGAAGUGAGUCUACGUCAUGAUGUGUCUGUGUGUGCGUGCACAUUCUGUUCUGAUCAGAGAUGUAUAUAUCAGCCCUGAGGUGAUAAAGGAGGCAUGAAACUGUCUCUGUGGAGGUGUCAAACCACAGAGGAGAGCAGGGGGCGUCUAGGAGGAGCAGAGAAAGGCCAACAAAUGAGAUGAAACAUGAGGUGGGAUCUGAAAGGCAGGAUGAGAUGAGAUGAGAUAGGAGGAGGACAGAACGGGAGAUGUGUCAGGACUGAGGGACGGCCUGUGCUGUCAUUGUUUUACAUCCUCUCAUUGAGAUUCACAGUUUAGGGGUUCUGUUGUUGUUCUUGCAAGGCGUAAAUUAAGACUACAUGGAAAGAUGGAUAAUAAGAAGCAUUUUUAACACGUAAGAUAUUUAGUCAAUAAAACGUUCUUGUGCAUACA